AUGUCAGUUGAACAACAUUUGAGCAAUGAUGUGUUUUUGCAAAAAUUGACUGGAUUUUAUAGAGAUUCGAAAAUUCGCGGAGCAAAAAGUGUUUAUGUCACAAUGAAGCCAUGUAAGAUUUUGUUAUUUUAAAAUCAGUGUGAAAUUAAUAUUUCAAAAUCGGGGGUUUUUUCGAAAGUUCAGGAAUAUACGGUGAAAUGAUCAUUUUCCGAAUGCUCAAUUUUUGAAAAUAAUUUUAAAAAUGUAUUUUUUGCGUGACAUUUUUCACGUGAAUCUAUUCAGUUUUCCACAUCAUCUCAUUUUUCCCGUCUCCCAUUUCACAUUUUUCAUUUUCUAGAUGAUGGACGAACAAAAGCUGUUGCGAAAGGAUCGGAAUUCAAAGAUGGAGAUGAAGUUUCAUGCUUAUUCCGAGCAAAAUGGGGAAGCCGCAAAAUUGCCACAGAGGUAAUAUUUUUCAUUUUUUAAAUCUUCGUUCCCCACCAAUCAAUAUUUUUUCACAGGUGACAGCAAAGGAAGUCAACAAAUUCCACACUCAAUAUUCAGCAAUUCUCGUCUCUCAACUCGUCAAUUUGGAAAAACGCAAAAAGACCGAGGAAAACAAAAAAGCGGCUGCAACUCAACAAAAAUCAUAA